AUGCUAUUCUUUCUAACACACAUUCGAGACAUUUUUGCUAGAUCUCAUAGUCGCGGCCAAGAGAUUCUGCUUUCGAGGCAGGCGUUUUUCCGACUUUUAGGCUACCUUGCCAGUUGUGUGGUCUUCUCCUUGGCAGCGCAGGGUCAUGUUUGA